AUGGCCUCGAAGCUAGAUGAAGGGGAGGCAACGGAGGUCCUACUCGGCGUCCGCUCCCUGUACGACUCCCAUCCCUACGCUGUCGCCGGUCUCCGGCGGCGGCGCUGGAGCUCCGCCGCCGCCUCCGUCUCUUGCAUGUACUACGACACCGUGUUUCUGCUUCUGAUCGCUCUGCUCGUGCUCACCGCCGUCGGAGCCUUCCUCUGGCCCUCCAAGCCCCGGGUGAGCGUCAUCGGCCUCAAGUUGUCCGGGGCCACAUCCUCCGCAGCCGGAGACUACUCCUCCUCCGCCGCCGCCGCCACCACCAUCUCUCUGAGCGUUCAAGCGGAGAUCCGGAAUCCGGAUCUCGUCUCCCGGAAUUACAGCACGAUCUCGGCGUCGGUGAGUUAUGAAGGGGCGUCGUUCGCGAAUGCGACGGCGGACGCGGUAUCUCUGGAUCCGCGAAACUCGUCAACUGUGCUUCUUCCGAUUCAAUUCAGUCUGAAUACGACUUCCUCGAACGGAACGGCGGAUCUUGGCCUGGCCAUUGCGGUUGGUGGAGAAUUUGAAUUUCUAAUGUUCAACAUCUACGUCGAGGUAAGAGGAUCGAUCCCCCGGCCUCCUAUAUAGAUAUAUUCGUUUAUUCAAAAUAAAAAAUAUCUCAUUGACAGUAAUUCAUGUGUAUUUUUUCCAAAGUGUCGUUCAUUCUCACCUCGAUCAUUCAAGUUUUUUUGUAAAAAAAACAAAAAAGAUGACAAAAUAAAUGCCUCUGUGGUGCGCUGUUCAUACCAAUUGGAGAACACCAGAUGCCUAUUUUGGAUGUUGUUCCCGAGAGUCUUUCAUUCUUUUCAAAUCUAAGUAAACGCAGAAUUAAAUUCCGCGAAUCUAAUCUAAUCUUGAGACUUUCAUCCUCUGAGAUGCGACAAUAUCUUCUGUUUCCUUUUCAGGGAAAAAAAUCUUGCACAAUUGGUGUGAACACAGAAAAUCAGACCAUCGCUCAUCAGAAUUGCUAUGAGUAG